AUGGCUGCCCUGGGGAACAGGGACCACUACCCGUGCCUGGAUGACCUGGAGGGGUUGGUGGCCGUGGGCUCCCCCAAACCUGACUGUGACCCCCCUGCCCCCCAGAACAAGGACCACUACCUAAUGGGGACCACCAGCCAUGCCUGGACGACCUGGAGGGGUUGGUGGCCCCUGGGCCCCCCCAAAGCCCCCAUAACCCCCCUUUCCCCCCAGAAUGGGGACCACUACCCGUGCCUGGAUGACCUGGAGGGGCUGGUGGCCAACGGGGACCGCUACCCGUGCCCAGAUGACCUGGAGGGGUUGGUGGCCAACGGGGACCACUACCCGUGCCUGGAUGACCUGGAGGGGCUGGUGGCCGUGGGCCGGGACCUGCCCGUGCGGUUGGAGGAGCUGCGGCAGCUCGAGGUGCAGGUGGGGACGGCCCAUUCCUGGCGGGACAAAGCUUCCAGAACCUUCCUCAAGAAAAACUCCUGCUACACCCUGCUCGAGGUGCUGUGCCCCUGCGCUGACGCGGGCUCGGACAGCAGCAAGCGGCUCAAGUGGCGGCAGGAGCCGGGGCUGUACCGGCUGGACGCCGAGAGCCUGGGGCUGUCAGCGCAGGACCUGCGGGACCCCGGCGCUGUGAUCGUGGCGUUCAAGGAGGGCGAGCAGAAGGAGAAGGAGGGGAUGCUGCGGCUCCGUCACGCCAACUCCCAGAAGGCGGCCCCGCCGCUGCCGGGCCCGGGGCCCCCGUCGUGUGUGUGCGGGCAGCCGGCGGGGCCGGGCAUGCUGCAGUGCCAGCUCUGCCAGGACUGGUUCCACGGCUCCUGCGUGGCCUGGCCCCGCCUGGGCGCCCAGAAGCCGUCGCCGGCCUGGUGGGAGUGGGACGCCAAGUUCCUGUGCCCGCUGUGCCAGCGCUCGCGGCGCCCGCGCCUCGAGACCAUCCUGGCGCUGCUGGUGGCCCUGCAGAAGCUGCCGGUGCGGCUGCCCGAGGGAGAGGCCCUGCAGUGCCUCACGGAACGGGCCAUCACCUGGCAGGACCGCGCCAGGCAGCUCCUGGCAUCCCCCGACGUGGCCGCGCCCCUGGAGCGCCUGGCGGCCCUGAGGCACCGGCUGCACGGGGACGGCGGGGACGGAGCGCUCCGGGAGAGCAGGGGCAACGAGCAGACCAAGGUGUCGGUGGAGAACGGGGACGCCCCCAGCCCGGAGAAGAACGGCCCCCUGCCCUCGGAGCUGGAGGCCCUGAGCGCGGCCCUGCCCCGGCUCCAGGGGCCGGUGCUGGAACUGGCCGAGGGGACGCGGCGGCCGCUGGAGGAGCUGAUGAUGGAGGGGGACCUGCUGGAGGUGACACUGGACGAGGCCCAGAGCAUCUGGCGGCUGCUGCAGGCGACCCGGCCACCCCCCCUGCCCCUCUUCCGGCUGCUGCUCGAGCUGGAGCAGGCAGAACGACGGGGGGCUCGUGCCCGCGGCCGGGACCCCGAGAGGCGUCGGAAGCGCCGGGGGGAGCGGGGAGACCUCCCCCCCUUGGCCAAGGAGGAGCUGGAGCCAAAGAGGAGUCGGGGGCCCGAGGGGGGGGACCCCCGGGACAGCCCCCAACCCGGCCCCCAGGCCCCGGGGGACUCGUGACGUGGAGCCCCCAGCUCGGACGGACGCUCCUGCCGCCGGUGGGGAGGGACUGGGGGGGCCACGCCGGGCCCCCCCCACCCUGGGACCCCCCGACACCCCCCCCAAUGAUGGGGGGGCUCCCCCCCUCCCCGCCCCCCCCCGCGUUGUAAUUAUUUGAGUUGUUUCUUUUGUAUCGUUCAGCCCCCGGGGGGGGUGCGGGGCCAUGUGGGGCGGGGGGGGUCCGGGGGUCCCCCCAGAGCGGGGAGGGGGGGUCCCAACCAGCACAGCAGGGCCAGCCCCCCCUUCCCCCCGCACCGGGUUUUUUAUAGGAUUGGGGGGUGGGGGGCGGGGGGGGCGGAUCUGGGGCCCCCCUGUCCCCCCCUCGCUGACACUAACAGGUCUCGGGGCUCUUUGUAGCGGGGCGGGGGCGGGGGGGGCCUUAUUUUAUUGUAUUAUGAUUUUUUUUAUUAUUAUUAAACUUUG